CCGGCGCGGGGACUCACCGGGCCCACCCGCGCCGCGUCCCGAGAUGCGCGCCCCUCCCGCCGCCGCCACCCCUCGCGGCCGCCAGGAGUCUGCCUCGGGCUGGGCGAGAACUCGGAGCGGGAGGAAGGCGGGCGCCGGGAGGACGCUAGCGGCGGUAGGAGGCGGACGCGGGCGGCCCCGGUAGAAGCCGGGCGCGGGAGGACGCGGGUGGCGCUGGCUGUCCUCCCGUCGGCCCGACGCUGCCCCGCCCCCGGCGCCGCGCACCUCCCUCGCUCCGCCCCCGAGCGCCCGGCGGCCAAUCACAGCCCCGCGCACGUGACGAGCGCUGCCUGCGAUGACCUCAUCCCUGGUGUGGGAUGACGUCAAAUUCAAGAUGGAUGGAAUCACAGCGGCAGCGGCGGCUGCGGCGCGCGCGAGCCGAGUGUGAGCGGAAAGGGACCCGGCGUCUGCCUCCGGGCUGAAGACCGGUGAGUAACUGUCACGCCCCUCGCCCUAGGAGAACUGCGGGGCCCUGUGGAAGGCCACAGCCUCCCCGCAAAACGCGGCCUUUCCUGACGUAACUCUGAGAUAAACCCAAGCAAUGGAGGGAUUACAGCAUUACAUCAACCCAGCACAUGCCAUUUCUCUCCUGAGCGCACUCAAUGAGGAACGCCUCAAAGGACAGUUGUGUGAUGUGCUUCUGAUUGUUGGAGACCAGAAAUUUCGAGCUCACAAAAAUGUCUUGGCUGCUAGCAGUGAAUAUUUUCAUAGUUUAUUCACAAAUAAGGAGAAUGAGUUGCAAACUGUAUUCCAGCUUGACUUUUGUGAACCAGACGCUUUUGAUAACGUCUUGAACUACAUUUAUUCCUCGUCUUUGUUUGUGGAGAAAGGCAGCCUUGCUGCUGUGCAAGAACUAGGCUACAGCCUCGGGAUUUCCUUUCUGACUAACAUCGUUUCUAAAACACCUCAAGCACCCUUUCCAGUGUGUCCCAACAGAAAAAGAAUAUUCGUGGAACAUGAUGAAAACAGUUCUCAAAAGAGAAGUGUCAUUGUCUGUCAAAGCAGGAACGAGGCACAAGGGAAAACGGUUAGUCAAAGUCCGCCCGAUAUAAGCCAUACUUCCCAGCCCUCCCCAAACAUUGCAGUCAAGGCCAAUGCCAGUAAGCCACAGGUUUCCAAACCAGCCGAACCACUUCACGAUUUGUCAUUGACUGAAAAGAGUUGGCCAAAAGAUGGUUCUGUGGGAUACACAAAGUCUCUUGAGUGUUCUGGAUCUUUGGAUGAUACUAACAGAAGCAGCCUGGGGAAAAGGAAUGCAGUCCUGUCUUCCGCACCUCUGCAAGACAGAGAGGCAGUGGAUGACAAACCAGGUGGAAGCAGUCCGCUGCCCAAAGGAAAAGCUAUAGAGCUGGCCCUGAAAAGGCCCCGGCCACCUGUUCUGUCUCUUCGAAGCUCAUCAGAGACUCCCUAUCUAUUGAAAGAAACUAACAGAGGAAAUGGCCCGGGCGAGGACAGAAACUUGUUGUACUACUCAAAGUUGGGCUUGGUGAUCCCGUCCGGUGGGUCUGCUUCUGCAAACCAAAGCAUUGACAGAAGUGGCCCGCUUGUUAAGAGUCUCCUGCGACGGUCACUGUCGAUGGACAGUCAGGUUCCUGUCUACUCACCCUCAAUAGAUUUGAAAUCUUCCCAGGGGUCGUCUGCAGUGCAAAGCGAUGCACCAGGGAAUGUGUUCUGUGCUUUAUCUCAAAAGUCAUCUUUAAAAGAGGGUAGUGAGAAACCAACCCCAGAAGAUGGGACUCCAGCCGCACAGCCACACCGCCUCCGGUCCUUCAGUGCUUCUCAGUCCACAGAGAGGGAGGGUGCACCCGCUGCUGCUGAGGUUCGAAUCAAGACGGAGCCCCGCAGCCCACCGGCGGAUCCCUCCGACAUCAUUCGGGUCACUGUGGGGGAUGCCGCCGCGGCCGCUUCCAGCUCGAGAGACCUUUCUCUGAAAACAGAAGACAACCAAAAGGACAUGAGCAGACUCCCAGCAAAAAGGCGGUUCCAGGCGGAUCGAAGACUGCCCUUGAAGAAGCUAAAGGUGGACGAGCACGGCUCUCUGGUGUCAGAAGAUAAUCUCGAGGAAGGCUCAAGCCCCACACUCAAAGCAGAUUUUCCAGAUUCUGACUUGAGCAAAGAUGAAUUUGGUGAGUUGGAGGGAACAAGACCAAACAAAAAAUUUAAAUGCAAACAUUGCCUUAAGAUCUUUAGAUCAACAGCAGGUCUUCACCGGCACAUUAACAUGUACCACAACCCAGAAAAGCCCUACGCUUGCGACAUCUGUCACAAGCGGUUUCACACAAACUUCAAGGUGUGGACCCACUGUCAGACCCAGCACGGCAUAGUGAAGAACCCGUCACCAGCCUCUAGUUCACAUGCCGUUCUGGAUGAAAAGUUCCAAAGAAAGCUGAUUGACAUAGUGAGAGAGAGAGAGAUUAAGAAGGCCCUGAUCAUUAAGUUGAGGCGCAGCAAGCCCGGUUUUCAGGGGCAGAGUAGUUCCCCAGCUCAAGUCAUCAAGAGGAACUUGAGGUCGCGAGCCAAAGGCGUGUACAUUUGUACUUACUGUGGAAAGGCCUAUCGCUUUCUCUCUCAGUUCAAACAGCACAUAAAGAUGCACCCCGGAGAGAAGCCUCUUGGAGGACACAAGGUCGCUAAGCCGAAAGCUCUCGCUCUUGAUGGUCCGGUAGCGAGCAAGGAGGUUUUCCAGUGCCGCCUCUGUAACGCUAAGCUCUCUUCUCUCCUAGAGCAAGGCAGCCACGAGCGACUGUGCCGGAACGCCACCGUGUGCCCCUACUGCAGCCUUAGGUUCUUUUCGCCCGAGCUCAAGCACGAGCAUGAGAGCAAGUGUGAGUACAAGAAGCUGACGUGCCUCGAGUGCAUGCGCACCUUCAAGUCCUCCUUCAGCAUCUGGCGGCACCAAGUCGAAGUCCACAAUCAGAACACCAUGGCUCCAGCCGAAAACUUCUCCUUACCCAUCCAGGACCACAACGGUGAAGUCACCGGCUCCUCCAAGCCCCAGGCCCAGCCCGAGCCUCAGAAAGCAAACCACGUGGUCACACCAAAAGAUGACAAUGCAUUCAGUGACUGUUCAGAGCAAGUCAACUUCGAUUCGGAAGAUUCCUCCUGUCUUCCCGAAGACCUUAGCGUUUCGAAGCAACUGAAGAUCCAAGUCAAAGAGGAGCCUGUGGAGGAAGCUGAGGAAGUGGCGCCUGAGGCCAGCACAGCUCCGAAAGAAGCAGCUUCCAGCAAGGACCCGGGCCUGUGGCCCUGUGAGAAAUGUGGCAAGACGUUCACCUCGCACAAGCAACUGGAGCGGCACCAGGAGCUCUUGUGUUCCGUGAAACCAUUCAUCUGUCACGUUUGCAACAAAGCUUUUCGCACCAAUUUCCGGCUCUGGAGUCACUUCCAAUCCCAUAUGUCUCAGGCUACAGAGGACUCAGCGCAUAAAGAAUCUGAAGUGUGCCCUGUUCCCACAAACUCUCCGUCGCCGCCACCUCUGCCCCCACCACCGCCGCUGCCCAAGAUCCAGCCCCUGGAGCCUGACAGUCCAACGGGUCUGCCUGAAAAUGCAGCUCCGGCCACGGAGAAACUGUUUGUGCCCCAAGAAUCAGACACACUUUUUUACCAUGCCCCACCCCUUUCAGCGAUCACAUUCAAACGCCAGUUUAUGUGUAAACUUUGCCAUAGGACAUUCAAGACCGCCUUUAGUCUUUGGAGUCACGAACAAACCCAUAAUUAAAAGACCUCCCCUUUUUCCCUGUAACGAAAUGGGAGCAGUCUCCAGAUUUCAGCCUAAGUUGUGAAAUGUGUCAUAUAAAACAAAAAUAUUUUUUACAAAAAAAUAAUAAAGGUUGGAAAUUGUUAUUCUUGAGUAUAAGUUGGAGGUAAACUGACAUUAAUUAAUAAUGUCUACUCAACUUAGGAAAACACUUAAAAAAUACUGUGCUUCUGGACCUUACAGUCACAGGACAACUUGACUUCAUUAAUGUUGAAAUUGAUUGGUCUUGGUUGUUUGCAUGGUUCCUCAUUCCACAGUGUCAGUAUAAUCUUUAAUUUGAGGUGGUUUUGUUUUCUUACUGAUUUGCAGCUAGUGAAAUACUAUUAAAGGAUUUCUGCUUUUAAUUAUAUCAGACACAUAAGUUCUAGUUAAAUCUCAGCCAUGUUCUUAAGUCCAAAACUUAUCUGGAAGAAGUGGAGUAGUUUGCAGUGUUGAUUUAGGUUUUUAGAAUACUCUAGCAAUAAAAAAGUGAUAAACCUCAACUUUAAGAAGUUAUCCUGACACUUGAUAAAAAUAUUUGGCAUUUUGUGGUCAUGUAGAAUUUUUCGUAUGAAAAUUGUGAGAAAUUUAAAUCAGCAAUAGUAAUACUUAGAUUUUCAUAAAAUAAAAACUUUCUCUUGGGUCACUUAGUGUAGUUAUUGCUGGAAGACUUGGGAGAUGAAAAUAUUAAGAUUUCUGGAAGGCCCCUAAGGUCAGUUUACAAAGGUUUCAGUGGGGACACGUGUUGUGAUCAGAUUGCUGCUGUGCUGUGUCCACAUCACAGUGCAAGUUCAGUCCAGCACUGGAAGGACUUAGAUGUUUGGUUUCCUCUGGCUUAUGCUGCCACAAGUUGAAAAUCUGAGUGUAUUUGGGACAAAAAUAACGUGGCACUAAUUUUGAAAUUAAUAUUAGUAUAGCAAAAAGGUCAGGACCUAUAUUUACAUAGAGUCAGCCUAGGGGCUCUGAAUCCUGAAUUACCAUUCACUUUCAGAGACAUGAAGCAAAGGGAGAAACAGCACACUGCAGUCUCCACAUACUUUUCAAAAAUGAUAUUGACAGUAUACAGUUUCCUACCUCUUUGUCUUGUGAUAAGUUCUGUUAGAAUUGGUUGGAGUUUGUCGUGGUAAAGCGUUCACGUGGUUCUGCUUCAAGUCACUGCUUAGCAUUUCCUAAACGGCUGUUUAAGUACUAUCAAGGGUCCAAAAUUAGUUUUUGUGGUGUUUUUUUUUUUUUUAACUUCUUUUUGGCCCAUAAGGUUUUAGCUUUUUUGGUUUCUUAUAGGUGUUAUCCAAAGUUCUAGGGGCUGUUUCAAAAGGUACAAUUUUUAUUUUACUUGUGUGGGGUGGUCAGAUAUAUAAAAGUAGAAAAAUUGGGGAAUCUACAAAAUCCUUUUAAGGUAGUGAUGUGGAUUAAGACCACCAAGUUUAUUAAUUUUUUUUACAAGCUAUUCUUUCAAAAAAGAAAAAUUACUACUGUGACUAAGAAAUAGUAUGCUGAGUACUUAAAUUUGUGCUGUAGCAGAAAAGAACUGUCCUUAUCAACCUCAUUACCCACAUUCCAGACCAAAGGUAGGAAGGACAGUCUCUUUAUUUGAAACACAAACAUUUUUAUAAAAUACUAAUUGACUUUGUACAUUAUGUAAAUUACAUAUGAAAUUUUGCGUUUUAUUUUUUCACUAGAGGCCCGGUGCACGAAAUUUGUGCACUUGAGGGGGGCUCCCUCAGGCCGGCCUGCACCCUCUUGCAGUCCAGGAGCCCUCAGGGGAUGUCCAGAUGACAGCUUAGGCCCGCUCCCCGUGAGCCUGGCUUCUGGCUGAACAGCACUCCCCCUGUGGGAGCGCACAGUCUUUCCUCUGAUAGGUCAAUUUGCAUAUUAGCCUUUUAUUAUAUAGGAUUUGAAAACUCAAAAGUCCCAAAAUAUUUGAGUGGUUACUUCCUGUUUCUGUUCUUAAAUUUGAUGGUGAAAGGAAAAUAAAAUUAAGUUACAAUUAAUGAUUAUUACAAUCUUUAUAUUUUCUUAAGUCUGCAUUUUAGAGACAAAACUAAAGCAUACAAUUUAAUGUCAAACAUUAGGAUGAAUUAUUGUCCAUUGAGUUCAUUCCCUGUAUGAUGUGGUAUUUCUUACUCUGAACACCUUGGGAUCUAUCCCUUUAGUAGAAGACAGUUUCCCUCAGAGUAAUCAUUACUUAUGGCUGUUUGAGUAUCUAAUAAAUCCACAACACACAGUAUCUUGGCAUUGUAAAUUCAGUAUCCUAGGACUUGAACCUUUAUGCCACUUUUUUGAGGUUUUUUAAAUAAAGUUGACCAGUAAGAUAUUUUUGAUCUAAAUAUAGGCGCUGCGAAUCUGUUAGAUUUUAAGAAUUGCCAGUGGUUUGUCUUGUUAGUUCACAUUUUUGUCUAGGCAAGGAACGUAAGACUUCAAAUAAAAUUUUGAACCAAAAACAUUUAUAAUGCAGUUCUGGUUUUUCUAUUACUUUUUAUACUGUAUCUUAAAAGCAUUAGGCGGAAAGAGUUUAUUUUGGUGGUCAAAAAAUAAAAUAUGCUUCCACUCGUGUAACUAUUUUAAGCGUUAAGAAGUAAAAUAAUGAAAGACAAGUUUAUUGCUUUAUUCAGUAAACAGGUUUUUAAAGAAUAUCUCAGUAGUCAAAUACUCGGUGUAAGACGACUUGCUCUUUCAUUGUUGCAACUCUUUAGCUAGCAAAUAUAUUCUUGAAAAAAGAUUUUUCUGAUUGUAAUUAGUUUUGGAAGUGUAGAAAGUUCAUUAUUCCUUGUAAGUAUUCAGGAUGUCUGCUUUUUUAUGCAGUUGUGGAAAGAAUGUAAGAUGUUUUAAUAUAUUCUUUGUUAAUCUGAGAACUUGUUAUUGAAUCAUUUUCUUCAUGUUGGGGAAGGAGGGAGGAACAUCAUAAAACACGUUUUUAUUAAGGUAAGCAAUGGAGGUAACAUUAGUGCACAUUUUUAUAGUAAUAUUUCAAGAAUAAUAGAAUAUUUACCUUUAAAACUGGUUAUGGUUUGUAUGUAUUUAUAAUUUUAUCAAAAUAUUCAGCUAAUGAUUCAACAGUGAUGUCAUGUGCAUUUGUGGGGAGAUUAAGUGGUUCUUGGUUUUCUGAUCUGGAACAAGUCGUAACAACCUUCUCUUUAAAAAUAUGCCCCAGCACUUAAUUGGUUAUACUCUAAUCCACACACAGCACCCCCUGGUGCUGAGAACAGACACAGACAAGAAUAAAACAUGGCCUUCCCUGGAGGUAAGGGGUGUUUCAUCCACAGGCCAAUGGCCACGGUGAGGGGGAGACAGGAUUAGCUCAUCUAAAGCUGGCCUUGUUCCCUCUAAGUGUGUGUGUGUUCCAUAAUCUGAAACUGUGGGAAGUGAAAUUAUUUGCCUUUUCUUAACUACAAAAAAUAAUUAGAUGUCAUUCAUAACAUCUCUUUAUAAAUUGCACUAAUUAAUAUUGGAACAUUAUAUCAGUUUCUGAUGUAUCAAUGUUUUGCAGUAAUUGUGAAAAGCAUUCAUUUAAAUAAUGCUAACACAUUCUUUAAUAAGUUCUUUAACACUGGCCUUUUUAAGUUUUAAAGAUGGGUUUUUCCCUUGUGGCUUUAGCACUUUAAGAAGUUUGAUGUUUGUCUAAUUUUUUGCCAUGUUUGUUCAGUGCUACUCUGGCUACGGCAUUUCCACGCGACUAGGAAGAAACCGAACAGUCAGCAUUUAGAUCUGGAGGAGAAAAAUGAGUUAACGUAAGGCUUUUCAAAAAUUCCUUAUAGAGGCAGUCAUUUGUGAACCAAAGUAUUCUGCUGUAAAUCUGUAAAAUAAUUGAAUUCAGUGCUCUUUGGUCAUUUGUUAGUGCUAUCCAGAUUUUCCAGUUACAUACUUGGUUAAUAUUGAUUUUCCAAAAGUGAUCAUUUCUUAUUGACAUUAAUCCAAGACUGUUCAAAACUUUUAUUAAAUAUAUGCUUAUUGUUGAAAGAAAAACAAAUGUGGUUUUGUAAUUGUGUAUUUUGUUGUUAUAUCCUUAGCAGAAUAACUCAUUGUUUGAUUUUAUUUAGGAAUAAGCUUUUUUGGACUGAAAAUUCAUAGUCAAAUAGGAUUUCUGUGGAAUGUUAAUCCAUUGCUUAUUCGUAUCCAAUUCUGUUGUCUGUUUACUUUGCUUAAAUCUUGACUAAGAAUGAUGGGAGUCAAUAAAUUUGUACUGUAUUUUG